AUGCCUCAAAAAGUAAGCCAACAAGAUUCAAACCAUGAAGAUGGAAAAUAAAGAUAAUCUUUAAAAGUAAAAAAUCUAUUUAUGAUAACAGACCAUUAAGUAAAUUAAUUCAUUAUUUAUAAGAAACUGUUUCAAAAUGUUUAACAGAGCAUAUAAUCUUAUAGAAGCCCAAAAAACUGGCUAAAAUAUGAAUAAUAGUGUCUGGAUUAAGGAAAUAUGGGAUAAUAAAGAAUGCUGUCUCCAAAUGAAUAUAACAAUAAGAUUGAAUAUUUGUAGAGAAAAAAUGAAGAAUUAGUUCAUGAAAAUAAAUAAAAGAAGUAAAUCAUUAAUAAAUUAUUGGGGGGAUGUAAUAGAUCUGAAAGAAUAAAGAAAAACCAAUUACCUAAAUCCUUAUAGUUAUUAAAAUAAAUUCCAAAAUCGGUUAGUGCUAAAAAUAAGAUGGAAACAGAAAUUUGUAAGCCUAUAAUUAAGACACCAGAACCAUCAUUAGUUAAUUUAAGAAUAGAAUUUAAAAAUGAAAGAAAUGAGCUGUUAAAUUUAUAUAACACACAAUUAUGA